AAAACUCCGUCGAGUAGCAUGCACGUGCAGGAACAUACCCAGAGGAGGCAUCGGAAAAAGGUUCUUGACUUGAUCAUCGAUUAGUGCUCAGCAUAUUCCAUGGAAAAGAAAAAAAAGGAUAAAAGAGUGGCUUCUGCUAACACUCGAGAACCUCACUCAAAUGACUUCCUGAGCAAGGAAGAAGAAAAUGGCACCAAGGUAAAGAAUGCUAAAAUAAGUAGCCCUUCGCAUAAUAAUGCAUUUCCUCCUGAUCAGCACUACCCACAAACUCUUCAAGGCCCAUAUGGCUCUCAAUAUUAUGCAGAGCAAUCUGUCUUGAAUUCAAGAUCCGGUGCACCCUCCCAAUCAGCCCCACCUAUUAAUCUAAACCAGUGGGAGCAAGCACCAGCCCUGCAACCAAAUGCUAAUAACCAUCCAGUUUUGCAGGGUCAGCCAACUCUCCAUUUAGCCCAAUCAAAUACACCCUUUUGGCUGCCACAGCGGUCUGGUUACCAGGUUGCUGGUGUCAAUGUGCCUGGUACUUUUCAGCCAUUUGCUCCUGCAGCAACAGUUGAUGCUUGUUGGCAAGCUUCUACUGUGAUAGGAGGAAACUCCUUGAGAAACCAACUGCAGGUUCCUAAUCUUUGUUACCAUGUUGGUUAUCCAUGUGCAGGGUUGCCAGGUCCCUGGGAUCCCACACCUUGGGCUCACAGUCAACAAUCCCAGCCAUCCUGCACCCACUCCUUCCCAGGAGCUUAUGGCUAUUUUUCUUCACCUUCACUUAUGAAAACCUCUCAAAGAGGAAUUAUCAGGCCAACAACGAAACUUUCUCAGAAGCACCAAGAACUCUGGGAAGCUCAAUCAGCUGAGAAUGUUCAUCUCUGGAGUGUGAUUGGCCAUUUGCAAUCAGAAAUAGCUGAUCACAAAAACCGCUUAACAAAGCUUCAAGCUGAAGUUGCAUCUCUAAGACCAGCUGGGAAUGAAACUGCUCAUCAAGUUACUGGACCUGCUUUACCUGGACAAGCAACAAAAAGAGGGAGACCAAAGAGAUCAGUAGCUUCAGGUGAUACGUUAGCUUCUCCUGGUGAGUCUCGUCCUCGAAUCAGAGGCAGAAAACCUGCAGCAUGCAAGGUUCAAGCAGAGGCUAGAGUUCUAGAAUGUGAGAAAUUUACUCUAAACAAGGUGGAAGAUAACCAUAAAGUUGGGCACUCCUCCGCUACUAUACGGAAAGAAAAUGGUGAGAAGAAAAUCCCAAAUACUACCACAAGCAGUGGAGAUAAUUUGGAAGUUAAUGGAAGCAGCACGCCAACUCCUGCAUUCAGGUGUCAACUCCAAGAAAUUCCCAGAACACAGAUAUGUCGGGUUGAGACUAAUUCCACUUUAGAAAUGAAAAUUAAUGAUAAUAAGGUGAAUGACAAAGGUUCCUUUUCAAUUCAAUCCCAGCAUUCUGAGGAGAACAAUUUAAGGGGUGCUCCAAUCACUCACAUGGGAAUGACAAAUAACAGCGCUCUUGGGUGGCCUGCUAGUGUCUACCCUGAAAACACUAGGAGGAGUUCGUUGAGUAUGCGUUCUCAAGGUUUCUAUGACAACGGCAGGAUGAUUAUUAUGAGGGAAAAUGGAUGGCAUUAUGUGGAUGAAAAGGAUGCUUCAGAUGAGCUUGAAGAUGCUGUAGUUGCCGCUGCAAAGAAUGACAAUCAUGAGGAAAUGGAGGAAGAUGCCAGCUCCGGUGCUGAAGCAAAUGCUCAAAGAAAAGAUGAGGGAACAUGUCAUGUGGAUGCUGCGGUAGGAACUAACCACAAUGAUCUGCCUCAAUAUAACAACUGGUGAGAGAUUUUCCUACUAGAAUCAGUGCAUUUUUACAUUUUUCUUGUUUGACAUUAGAUGUAGCUGAAGGUGCAUAUAGUUCCUGCUCAAUUGGGCAAAACUUCUUUCUGUACUCCGGAGAGGUUUGCCCAAAAUUUUGUAGGAUAGCAGGAUUUAACAAUGCAAAGUAAAACAAACAUACAAAAUGACUUGUUACUUUACCCUUUUUCCAUUUUUCCAGAGUUCUAUUCUAUUUGAGAUUACUGUUCUUUGAGCUCGAGAUUACCGUCCAUUUUCCUGGUUCUGGAUUUGUUUUAAUUGUUUUAAAUUAUCAAUGUCAAACAAAAAGAAAAUUUUGAGUACUUA